CUACCACCACUAAGCAAGAAACAACCACUAAGCAAGAAACAACCACUAAGCAAGAAACAACCACUAAGCAAGAAACAACCACUAAGCAAGAAACAACCGCCGUAGCUACCACCACUGAACAAAAAGCUACUGCUUGA